CCGGCGGAGAAUAGGGAGAUGAAGACGUUAUCUCUCCUUUUCCUUCUCCUCCUCUUUGCCUCGGGAGCCUGUGAUGAUGUCAAGUACAUCAGCAAGAGAAAUUCAGUGGAUGGAUGCAUAGACUGGUCGGUGGAUCUGAGGGAGUACCACGUCCUGGCCGGUGAGCCCGUUCGGGUCAAAUGUGCCUUGUUCUACAGCUACAUACGAACCAAUUAUACCAUGGCCACCAAUGCCAAGCUGCGGCUCAUUUGGUACAAGAACAAAGGAGAUGCCGAGGAGCCUAUCAUCUUCUCAGGUCACAGACUGAGCAAAGAAGACGACUCCAUCUGGUUUAGAUCUGCUGAACUGGAAGAUAACGGAUUCUACACUUGUGUUCUAAGGAACUCUACAUACUGCAUGAAAGUGUCCAUGUCGAUGACUGUGGAGGAGAGCGAUGAGGGGAAAUGCUUUAGCAGCAAAAUCCGGCAUCUGGAGAUGGCCGAGGUAACCCACAGCAAAAUGAUUACCUGUCCUGAUAUAGAGGACUAUCUGGCUCCCUACAAACAACCGCAGAUGACCUGGUAUAAGGAAUGUGAGCGAGUGGAAUGGAGGAGCUCUGUUACUGUUAACACCACACAUAUUUGGAUUCCCGAGGUGGAGGAGGGCGACGGGGGGAACUACACCUGUGAAUUGCAGUAUGGAUCAAGACUGGUGCGACGAACAACGCAACUCAAAGUAACAGCCCUGCAGACGACCCAGCCUCCCAAGGUCCUUUUUCCUCCAGAGAGACAAGACACAGUGAUAGAAAUCACACCUGGUAUGCCCCUCAGUCUGGACUGCAAGGCCUUUUUUGGCUACAGCGGGGAAAACAAGAAGCCCAUCAUCAACUGGAUGAAAGGAGAAAAGUAUGUGGAAGAGCUACCAGGACACAUCAAGGAGAGCGAAGUCCUGAUCUUGAGGGAACAUUUAGGUGAGAAGGUAGUGCAGCUGUCCCUGACAUUUGACGCGGUGGAGGAGGCGGAUCUGGCUAAUUACACCUGUUAUGUUGAGAACAACAUCGGGAGGCGCAGCGGGAGUGCAAUACUGCAGAAGAAAGAUAUGUAUCGCCUGGAGCUGGCGGGUGGCCUCGGGGUCAUCUUGCUGUUGUUGGGUAUCCUGACGGCUCUGUAUAAGUGUUACAACCUGGAGAUCAUGCUCUGCUACAGGAGACACUUUGGGAGCGAUGAGACGGAAGACGAUAAUAAGGAGUACGAUGCCUAUCUUUCCUACACUAAAGUGGAGCUGGACUCUCUGGGCAGGACAAGCAGUGAUGAGGAGACCUUUGCCCUGGAGAUCCUGCCGGACGUUCUUGAAAAGCAUUACGGAUACAAACUAUUUAUACCAGACAGAGAUUUAAUACCCAGCAGUAUCGCCUAUCAGCAAAUGGUAAUGGACUCUGGUGAACAGGGCCUAUUCGGCGACCUACAGACUACUGUCUCCACUAUUGCCAUGACAACCACCUCUGCCUCUCUAGCGCCCCCUAAUGAGAACCGCCAUGGCCAUCAUCAGCAGGUUGCCUUGGCAACGGAGAUCCCUGACUACAACCAGAUGACCUUGCCAUUAGGAGGGGGUCACACCGCUACAGCAGCCCAAAUGCGGCACUUCUGUCGCAGCUACGAGUUCCAGCUUCCUCCUCAGCCUUCUUCUAUGUCUCCACCCCUCCCGCCUCCCUCAACGGUGCAGUUCUCCACCCUGGGCCCUGGGGGGCGUCAUGUGUAUUGCAACAUCCCUAUGACGCUGCUUAACGGGCAGGUGUCUCAGAGCAGUACGCUUGGGAAGAAGCCAGACCUCCACCUCAACAGCACGUUCGUACCGCUCACCAGCAGAGAACUAAGCUCUGACAUCUGGUAGAAUCACCGUUCAGGUGCUACCCCUUUACGUUGGUGGGAUGUUUGACUUUGUACAGACCUUGGAGAGUUGAACGGCUCCUUCAAGAAGACCGCCUAAGGACUGCUUUAAAGUGACCUCAUACCACGCUAUGAACAGAGAACCUCAUAUAGAGUGGAUGAGGCAUUUCUGGAAACUUUUUAACUGUACUGGACAGAGAAAGGUUUUAAACGCAGUUAUGUGCCAUGCCAUUGGGGGAAAAAAUGGGAAUGUACACGAUGGCCAUUGGAAGGGAAUGCAACAGCUGACUGACCCACAGUCCUGCAGAGCAGAGAAAGGCUGUUUUGUUUAGACGAAUGCAUGAACAAAAGUAGUAGAGAUGGUUGAAACGUUCUCGAACUCUGGUGAAUAAGUAUUUGCAGACUGUAGGUCUCCAUUGGUCCAGGCAUCUGCCAAGUUGCAUCCCAGACCACCAAAAAAAAAAAGGGUUUCAUGAUUGCCAUUUGUUUUAGUUUUUUUGUUUUUUUUACCCCAGUUGUCAUGGAAACAUGGAUUCGGGAGGUUCCUGGACUGGAAUCUCAUUCUUCUCCUGAAUGUUGAACAGUGCUCGGGGAAAACCGUCUACCUGCUGUCUGCUGUAGGUGUUUUGGACGGAAAGUCGCCCCCCUUAAACCAAGUCAACCUCUUGAAGCACUGCUCUACAGCUAGCACACUGGAUUUGACUCAUCGAAACUGCGUUGGUUGACUUUGAAAUGUUUUUAUACACAAUGUAAACCGUGUAUUUUUUUUUUUUCUUCUAGGAAAUGUUCAAAUAAAAAUAGCCAACCGAGUGAGGCGGUUCCAAACAGAACCAAGACUGCUAACCAUCUACAAUCACCUCAUACAGCUGUAAAAGUAUAGAAGCAAACUGAACUUGGCUUCCUCUAUUUGCAUGAACACCCAUUAGAUACAAAAAGAGGAUCUGAUCAGCAUUGGUAAAAGAUGGAGAAAAAAAAUGGCACCAUCAUUUGUUACAUAUGUUUUGUUCGCCAUGGCGUGAUGGUAACUAGGGACAAAAAGAGAGGGGAGGGGGGAUUUGAAUACCUAUCUCAUGUUUCAUUUUAGGGUUUUAUCCUCUUAGAGGUCAAAGGUUUUUUUCACAAAGUUUCGUUUUUAAUGUCCGUUGGUGACGAGAAUCUCUGUACAGCUUUCCAUUACUUCUGUAUAGAUCUGAACAUGACAGUGCUUUGUUCUCUAGAUUAUCCAUUAGCGGAACUGCAGUAAGUCCAUGUGUUCCUGAGGCGUUUUGGUUUAUGUUCUCUUCCUCUUUUAAUGGAUUGAUCGGCCCUCUAAUGGACUGAUGUUUUAAACUCUAGCGCCACCUGUCAGCCAAAGUUGGACCCAGGCCUCUGAAGCCGCUCCCACCUGAGCUGAAUCAAACAUUCUUCUUUUUGAGCUUUAAAGGAAUUAGACUAGACCGCAGUAUUUAAGCAGUGUGGGUAAUGUUUUGACUUCAGACAGAGGUACUGUCAUCGUCUGCAUAGAACCAAUGAAAUUCUGGACCUUUGAGGAUGUUUGAUACAAUAAUUACUUGUAUGAGUUGUUAUAUUUGAUGGCAAUAUACAGUAUAAUAGUUGUUUUUUUUCCAUUUCUGCUCAUUUCUUGGACUAUUCUUUGAAUAUAUUUGUUGACAUUAUUUAAC